AUGAAUGUGGGUCCUGCUCUUAUUAAUAAAAAAGUUAUUGGUGUUGAGCCGACAAAAGAUGGAAAAGGUGUUGUGUUUACAACAGCCAAAACAAAAUAUCGUCAAAAACCAGCUAAAUCAAUUCGAAAAAUAACACUAAAAAAAGAUUCUCGACGUGUAUUGACAACAAUUCGUCGUACAAUCCGAAAUCAACGUUACCGUAAAGACCUCAAAAUGGCUGCCCUUCGUCGUGCUAGCGCACUUCUGCGUGGUCAAAAACCAGUUAUUGCCAGUAAACGUGUAACGAAAACAACAUAA